CAAGAGUCGCCGCUUUAUUUUAUAUUCGCUCAUAUAUAUCUUCAAAUAAAAUGAAAAAAAAAUUUAUCAUUUUGCUUUGCGUUGUUGCGAUCGCGAGGGGUGACUCCGAGGACGUCGAGACGAUCGAGACCAAGAUGGUUCGCAAAAUGGAGGAGCUCAAAAAACUGCAUAGUAUUAAAAUUUUUGGAGACAUUGUUACGCUUGAGAAAUUAGAUGACAGUGAUGUUGUUAAUGAUCGGUCGAAGCGCACUGACGAUCCGCUCGUCGCGAGGGUUGACGAAUUUUUGGCCACGAGGAAAAUAAAAUUGACAUUCCCGAGUGACGGUUCCGCUGCGGAUUUAUUCGCUCGCGCUUUGGGGAAAAAAAGUAUCGAUAUCGAAUUGCGUGGUCUGACUACUGGCGCAUCUGAAGGAAGAACAAAAUUAAAGAGGAUGGUGUUACCAGUAUUACUAGCAUUGAAACUCAAGGCCUUGAUAGUCUUGCCAAUAAUAAUAACUUUGAUCGGUCUUGUGGGAAUAAAGGGCCUCGGCGUAGGCUUAGCGGCCCUUUUGCUGUCAAGUGCCGUUGCCCUCAAGGCUCUUUUGACUCCACCACCGUCUUAUCCAGCCCGGGUGAGCUACGGGGUGGUCAAGCCCGAGAUCUACCACGAGCACUGGCAUCGCUCCCAGGAGGAAGUGAACCAGCCCUACAAAGCCUGGGCACCCGAGCUCCCCAUCGACCCUUACCCCUAUCACGACUUGCCUUUAAAAUAAUCAAAAUCCUGUAAAUUAAA